GGGACUGAAGAGACCGCGCUCCCGUUCCAUGAAAACUAAGUAAAAACGCAGGGAAAAAAGCGCACCGGUCGAAAUGAACUCGAAAUGAUUUAAAUAAAUGGAUCAUUUCACCAUGACAACGCUUUGAGCGCGAGUCUGCCAUGGAGAGGAAUAACACCACACAAACUCUCGCGCUGGGUGAGUGCGAGCACACGCUGGAUCCCAGCGCAGCUCUGGACAAUUGUACAGACGGGGCCAACGGGAACCUCUCAUUGCGCUGCUGGCUGCAUUUGUUGACAAAAGAGUCUAGUUCAACGUUGCAAGGUGAUGGGUCUAGCUUGGCUGUGCGUGUUAUGAUCGCUCUAAUUUAUUCAGUAGUGUGCGCUUUGGGACUCGUGGGGAACUCGCUCGCGCUCUACCUGCUGCACUCGCGGUACCGGCAGAAGCAGUCUUCUAUCAAUUGCUUUGUGAUGGGUUUGGCACUAACUGACCUGCAGUUCGUCCUAACCCUGCCGUUCUGGGCCGUGGAUACUGCGUUGGACUUCCGCUGGCCUUUUGGAAAAGUAAUGUGUAAAAUCAUCAGUUCUGUAACUACUAUGAACAUGUAUGCAAGUGUAUUUUUUCUGACCGCAAUGAGCGUGGCAAGGUACUACUCCAUCGUCUCAUCGUUGAAGAUGCACAGUCGGCGUGCGGCGGCCGCCGCAGCCAAAUGGAUCAGUUUGGGCAUUUGGGUGGUGUCUUUGAUCGCCACGCUUCCACACGCCAUAUAUUCCACUAUAGCUCAAGUGGCCGCGGAUGAAGAGCUGUGCCUGGUCCGUUUUCCCGAAAAGGGGAGCUGGGACCCGCAACUGUUGCUUGGACUUUACCAGCUGCAGAAGGUUCUGCUCGGAUUUCUGAUUCCAUUAGUGGUGAUAAGCGUCUGCUAUCUCCUACUGCUGAGAAUCGUGCUGAGCCGCAGGAUCAGCGGGGUCGCCGGGUCGGAGAGCGAGGCGGGUCGGCACAAGCGCCGCUCUAAGGUCACGAAAUCGGUCGUGAUUGUGGUGCUUUCCUUCUUUUUGUGUUGGCUGCCCAAUCAGGCGUUGACUCUGUGGGGCGUCCUUAUCAAGUUCGACCUGAUGCCUUUCAGCAAGGCCUUCUACAACACCCAGGCGUACGCCUUCCCCCUGACUGUCUGCUUGGCCCACACGAACAGCUGUCUUAAUCCCGUGCUUUACUGCCUGAUAAGGCGGGAAUUUCGGGCCGGGCUUAAAGAGAUUUUUUGGAGGGCCACGCCGUCCUAUCGCAGCAUGGCUCGGCUGCUCCCGCGCAAAGCGAAGGUGGCCGAAGCACCUCCAGUUCUGGUCCUGGUGCAAAUGGAUGUGUGAUUGUGUAUUAAGGGGAAAGACGCAUCCUUCACGUUCAUUUCCCCCCGUCGUUGUUUUUGAUUGACAGGACGAAGCAUGCGUGAGCAUUCUCCUCUGGGAGCUGCUCCAGUUCUGCUUCAUCGCAUUCAGAAUCACUUUUGCACUUUGUUUCACCAGUUCUUUCCCCCUCGUCUUUGGAUGCUCUGAUCUACCUCCGCUGGUUUUCAAUUUGUCCCAUCAAACCCAAUCGGAAUUCAAGGGGGUUGAUUCACCUUUGCUUUUCUUGCAGCCUAUUAAAAACACUGUUUAAAGAUUCCAACCAAGAUAUCAAAGGAACAAUAAAUUAUCCAUUAGUGUUUUCCGCCUUUGAAGAAAGAAGAACCAGCUGAGAUGUAGUAGAGGGGUCUGGCGUCAUGUUAUUUUAUGAGAUUAAAAAUGAAGUGUGUAUGUGGGUCACUGGUAAAUUUAUCAUUGAACCAUUUAUCAAAUGUUAAUUUAUUGUGCAUUUUGCAGUUAUUUUUGCACUUAAUUUAUCUUUCAGUGUUAUUUAAAUAUUAUAUUGCACAGAAAGUAGACGAUUUUAAACGUUGAAGCUAUAAAAUAGCUUAAAAUUUAGCUAAAUAACAUUAUCAUAAGGAAUUCAGUAAUAAGGGAAAAACUGUGCAAUGUAUGCGAUCAUCUCUCUUUCAAUUUUUUUUUAUAAAACUGUGUUUCUAAA